GAAAUUAGCUACUACAGCGUGUUUAGGAGUAAGAAGACACACAUCACAUCACCGACAACCGCAAUCAUGCCGCGGCGAGCAACGCAGGAGUGGAUACGGCUGUCUUUGCGCACUCCGGGCAUCCUGAUCUUUGGGAUGGUCUUGGCUCCCUGCGGCUGGAUUCUGAACCUGACCUCGACCGUGGCCCCAAACUGGAGGACUCUAACUAAUGUUAAUAAUAUACCUAGCGACCAGUACUAUGAGCAAGGAAUCUUUGACAUUUGUAUAGCAUCCACAACAUCCACGACAACUCAAUGCGGCCAGACGGACACCGAAUACUACAAAAAUAAGAUAAUAACGUCCGCGCAGGGUUUGAUGGUGGCCUCUCUCGUCGUGACAAUAAUCGGGCUGGCUGUUGCCAUCCCGGGGGUCCGCUGCUGGAAGGACAGGCCUAACUGGGUAAUUGCCGGUUUGGGUGGACUGCUGAUCUUUUGCUCAGGCGUACUGACCAUCAUACCAAUCUCUUGGUACACCUACUCCCCCCCAAACAUCACAACGACGGGUAUAGCAAAUCCAGCAGGGGUCACUCCGAGGGUCGGCUACUCCAUCGUUCUUGGCUACAUCGGCGGCAUAUUUGAAGUCUUGGGCGGUUUCGUUAUGUUCAUUGGGAUCUGCCGCUGCUGCGGAGGGAAGAACCGAGGAGAGGUGCGGAUCGAAGAGGUCACACGUAGAAGCCAACCUAAGAGACCGGCGAGACGCGUUGAUGUGCCGAACAUAAGUCGGGCCAUGAGCAACGCCAGCAGCAGCGUCCCAUAUUCCAGGGACACCAUGGAUGACGAUGUGUCCUUCCCACGGGCCAAGAGCCCCGCUGCCCGGUCAGUUAACACCGUCAACAGCAGACCCUUCGAUGCCGACCUGUGAGAAGCCAAAAGUAUUCCCCACAACUGACCAUCAACACAGGAAAUGGGACUGAGUGGGGAUUAUUAAGAUUACUGCAAUAACAUAAAACAUAUAAAUGCGACAAAGUAGUAUACUUUGAACAAAGCACAUAUUUUGGGACCAUAAAAUAUUUAGUCAGUGGUAAGAAAUCAAAUAAUCUACUUUGGAUAUCAGAUAGUUGUGAAAACUCCGAUAAGUGAAGCAGAUUUAUCUGCAGAGUUUUAAAGUGUUUCAUUAUUAAAAGUUGCGCAGCAGUAGAACAAUGUCUUUGGUGUAUGUCUGACCUGCUUUUUUAAUGUGACUGUGGAUGGAUCAGACCCACUUACUGUGGUUAGUAAAAUUAUCAUUGUAAUAGCUUCUAAGUCAAGCACUGCUGUUCAAUGCAUAAUGAAUAAUAUGAAACUGGAAGGAGUAAAAAAAAGUUGCAUGUUACAUAAAGACUGAUUCAUGAAAAAUAUUAUUUUAAUUAGCCUGAAGAAAAGCUAUGUAAACUUUGAUUGUCAAAUGUGUCUCUGAACUGAACCUGGAAAUAUUCCUCAUCCUCAAGGAAGCUCGAACAAUACAUAUCCCCCCUUUUUUUCUCUUUUAUGUAAAUGCUGUAUUGUUAUGCACUUUACAGUUAUUGCACAUCUGGAUGGGCAACAGGUUCCUUCACCUUGAACCCUGAAGUGAUUAAUAUUGUACUCAAUCUGUGAUACAAAUGCUGUUAAUUAAAUUUGCUCUCUGUUUCUUAA